UGGUAUUUUUGACUAGAAGACAUUUGAUGCCAUGUCAUGUCAUUUACCCACUUCUUCUUCUUCUUCUUCUUCAAUAUCUAAUCAUCUAAUCUAUCUAUAUCUUCAUUAAUUCCUGUCUAUGAUAUAAAGUCCAAACCAACACCAUGUGGAGCACCCAACAAAAAUAAAGUCCUCAUUUCAUCAUCACCAUCAUCAUACCUCUCUAAAGCCUACCUCCAUAAUACAAGAGAGAGACAGGUACAGGGGGAAAUUAGCUUUAGCUUACAGGGCAUGGAAGGAUUACAACGAUCUGCAACUUCAUUCAGAAGACAGGGUUCAUCAGGAUUAGUAUGGGAAGAUAGAUUCAUUUCAGGUGAAUUAAACAAGAAAGGCGAACCAGCUAAUCAAGAAGGAGGAGAUGAUAAUAAAAAACAAAAACAAGAAGAAGGUGUUGAAUUCAGAGAAUUAAGAUCGAGUAAAAGCGUUGGAUCAAUUGGAGGUAGAAGAUUGAUGCAACGAAGCCGAUCAAACAAAGAAGAUAGAACGAGAAGCAGUACGACAGGGAAAGUUUCAUCGCCUGUGUUAGACCCACCUUCACCUAAAUUAUCUGGUUGUGGAUUUUGUGCUGGUUUUGGCGGUGGUGGUGGUAAAAAACCAUUUGGUGCUGCCGGAGGUGGUGGUGCUAAUCAACGAUCUAAUAAAAAGGGUAAGCGUAAAACAUAAAGAACAAUUUUACGAAAUCAUGAUUCAUCUUGAUUGAUUGAAGAACUAAGUUAAUUGUGAUCAUCAUCUUCAUCGUUGUCGAUUCUUAUUUAUUUUAAAGUUCUUCAUCAACACAGAGAUAAAUAUAUUUAUGUAUGUAUAAUUUUAUAUUAGGGUUUUGUUCGUUUCAAUCUUCAUUUUCAGUCUUCAUUGUUUUAGAUUUUCUUUGAGAGAUUGAGGAGAAUUGUAGUAGUUUUUGUUGGAUAAAUUUGUAUUUUAUUUUUAUGGUCUGUGUUGGCACAAUUUUUGAGGAGGAUUUUGUUGUUUGUACAAAUUUAGAAUUUUCUCAGAGUUUUCAGAUUCC